GCAUCAGUCGCCCUGACAUGUCAAAGCACACAGUUGGUCAACAGCACUUUAUCUGGCUGCUAUCACAUGUCCGUCCACUUUCCUCGAAGCGCCUGUGCACCACGUGACCCAGAUCUCCGUGGUGUCGGAGUGGACCAGAAACAGGUGUCAAUCCUUUGUAAAUACUCUUAUUUGUAUAUACUGUAAAUGAUGACAUCCAUGGGCGGAAACCGGGCCCGGGGAAGCUGGGAGCAGACACAGAGCCAGAUUCAGCAAAAGCAGAAGCCUCAGGCCACUGCUGAGCAGAUCCGACUUGCACAGAUGAUAUCGGAUCACAACGAUGCAGAUUUUGAAGAGAAGGUCAAACAGUUGAUCGACAUCACAGGCAAGGACCAGGACGAGUCUAUGAUCGCGCUACAUGACUGCAACGGAGAUGUCAACAGAGCCAUUAAUGUGCUGCUGGAGGGUAGCCCAGACACUGACUCGUGGGAGAUGGUUGGGAAAAAGAAAGGUGUAUCAGGUCAAAAGGAGACUAACCAAGUGGAGUUGCCAGAUGAAGGAAAAGACAACAAGGAGAAGGGCGAGAAAGAUGUUGCACGGCGCAGAGGAGGCGGGGCUCCUCGGAAGAACCGCGGAGCCAGCAGAGGACGAGAGUUUCGUGGUCAGGAAAAUGGCCUUGAUGGAGGUAAAGUUGGAGUGUCUGGGAGAGGAGCAGACAGAGGCAGGAGGGGACGGGGAAGAGGAAGAGGGUCUGUCGGGGUACCUGGGCGACGAGGAGGCCGGUUUUCAGCCCAGGGCAUGGGAACCUUCAACCCUGCUGACUACGCAGAGCCAGCCCAGACUGAGGACUCGUAUGGAGGGAGCAACACUUGGAACAACACGGGGAGCACAGAGCCAGAGGAAGGGCCCAGGUUGGAAUACUCACCGGGAGAGGGAACCAAUUAUCCACCCAAGUUCGACUCUGCCCCUGGAGCCUGGAGGCCUGCUACAGAGGAGUGGGGCACUGAGGACUGGAAUGAGGAUCUUUCAGAGACCAAGAUAUUCACAGCUUCCAGUGUGGCGACAAUUCCACCCCCUCCAGAGAAUGUUACCAUCACCAAAGGACAGAGGAUUGAUCUCGCUGUCCUGCUUGGAAAAAACCCCACUUCCUCCGCUGAGACAGAAAACCCCUCUGUUGAGUCCAUCAAGCCCCCUUCCAUGUCCCAGUCGCUGGUUUUCAACAACUCCAAGCAAGGAAGUGCAAUCUCCCAGCCAUCCUCUACUGCCCCUUACACUCAACAUAACAUGGUCAGCAUGUUGAGUAAAGGGUUCAGUGAGGUGGGUGACCCAAAAGGUGGUACCACUGGGUCCACUGGCUCGCAGUUCCUGGAGCAAUAUAAAACCGCACAGGCUCUGGCUCAACUCGCUGCCCAACAUUCCCAGUCUGGACUUCACAGCUCAACCCCGUCAUCCUGGGAAACAAGUGGUACACUGGGACAAUAUGAUAUGAAAUCUCCGCCAGACUCGACGGUCCAUGCACCCUUCCCGAAGCGGCAGCCCUUCCAAGCUGCUACGUCAACAUCGUCCAUGUUGGAUGUUUUCCUGCAGGAUAAAGGCCUGCCACCUUCAUCAUCCGUCUCCUCACCGCCACCUCUGACCCAACAAACGUCAUCCACCUCACACAUGGUUCCACCCCCUGCUUCCUCGCUUCCCAAAAUGGUUGGGGUGCCAUCUUUAGGUCAUCAAGUUUCCCCCAGUUCUUCAGAUACCCAGGGAUCGAGUCCACUGCCUCUACAGCAACACAAACUCAAACAGCAGAAGAAGAGGGCCACUAUCUCCACAAAAAUUCCUGCAAUGGCUGUUGAGAUGCCUGGCUCAACAGAGAUCUCCGGCCUAAAUCUUCAAUUUGGAGCGCUGCAAUUUGGAUCCGAACCAGUUCUCCCUGAGUAUGAGUCUGCCACGUCGACCUCAACUCCAGUCAGCCAGGUUCAGAACAGUCUGUACACCAGCCCAGGCAGCCAGAUGGACCUGUAUGAUCAGAGGACACCACAGACGCGGCGAUACCCUUCCUCAGUCUCGUCGUCUCCACAGAAGGACCUGCAGCCCAAGAAUGGCUACAGUUCAAUGCAAACAACUCAGUCAGUUGAAGGAUCUGCAGUGUCAGUCAAGCCAGCCUCCGAUUCGGUCUCAACAGUAGCAGUGUCCAGCAUCGGCACCUUGACGGACAGUUGCACGGGACCCUCCUCUUUGUUGACGACGUCCAGUCAGACGUCACUCGGUGCACUCGGGCACAGUGAAGACCUGCCCCCCAGCAACAUCCCCCCUCCUCAACACAAUUCCUUCACAGCACCACAGAAUAGUCUGGGCCCCUCAGCAGUACGGCCAUCCAACUCCAGCUUGAUGCACCCCAACGUGGACACAGACUCCAACCUCCACCCCUCCUUCUCGUCGUCUGUCUCAGCUGUGGCGUCCUCAUCAGUCCCAGCUUCCUCAGCUGUAGCAGUGCAGGUGUCUUUAGGGGGCCCGCAGCCCUCCUCAGUUGGCACUGCCCCUGUUUCAGGCCCCUCUGGCCUCGGCCCGGUCAGCAACCUGGCUGUGGGAAUCAACAGUGCCUCCAUGGCUGUCCCAUCUAAUGCUGCUGCCACGCUCUCCAUCGCCACCUCAACGUCCAACAUUCCUUCUUCGGCAACAUCCCUACCGACGCGCAGCUCUGCAGCGUCCUCAGGUAAAGCGCCUCCAAACCUGACGCCUGGUGUCCCUCCUCUCCUGCCCAAUCCCUACAUCAUGGCUCCUGGCCUUCUUCAUGCUUACCCUCCUCAGGUGUACGGAUACGACGACCUGCAGAUGCUGCAGACAAGAAUACCGCUGGAUUAUUACAGUAUCCCGUUCCCAACCCCAACAACUGCACUGACUGGUAGGGAUGGCAACCUGACGAAUAACCCAUAUUCUGGUGACUUGUCCAAGUUUGGCCGCGGUGACGCGUCGUCCCCGGCUCCAGCCACCACACUGGCUCAGACUCAACAGAGCCAGAACCAAACUCAUCAUACCACUCAGCAGCCCUUCCUUAAUCCCGCUCUGCCGCCCGGCUACAGCUACACCAGUCUACCGUACUACACCGGGAUGCCAGGGCUGCCAAACACCUUCCAGUAUGGACCAGCUGUGUUUCCGGUGGCUCCUACUUCGUCAAAGCAGCACGGAGUGAAUGUGGGUGUCAACACUUCGGCCACGCCCUUCCAGCAGGCUAGUGGCUACGGUUCCCAUGCUUACAGCACUGGCUAUGAGGAUGUGGGCCAGGCUUCAGGGAGUGGGGAUUUCUGUAAGGGCGGAUACGGCACUGCCGUCGCCGCCGCUGCUUCCGCACAAAACAAGCCAGCCAGCUCCGUCACCGGGCCUGGAAUGGGAGUCUCUGUGACCUCAAGCAACACGGGGGUUCCUGACAUCUCCGGUUCGGUCUACACAAAGACUCAGCAGUCGUUCGAGAAGCAGGGUUUCCACGCCGGCACUCCUGCUGGCUCCUUCAGCCUGCCCUCGCCUCUCGGCACCGGAGGACCCAUCAACCCCCCGGCUGCUGCUGGCUACGCCCCGGCUCCCUUCAUGCACAUCCUGACUCCACACCAACAAGCCCACUCUCAAAUCUUACACCACCACCUGCAGCAGGACGGACAGAGUGGCACUGGCCAACGGAGUCAGAACGCCUCCAUUCAGCAGAAGUCUCAGAUCAACAAGUCGGCGUACAACAGCUACAACUGGGGAGCAAACUAGCAACUGUCUCCGCAGACGACACCAACAGAAGAUGGCGGCGCGAGACACAAGUCCCGCUCCACCAACGACCUCCUUCUUAGUCCACCCGGUCUCUUGGUCCAGCAGUCCUGCGCCACUCCUGGGUCAGUCCAGGUGCUGUACUGAGAGAAUCAGCGAUGAUAGCUGAGGUUGGACGGGAGGAGCUAAACACUUCUAGAAUUACCCCAAUAAGAGGUAAAGAUGUGGGACUCUGUUGCCCCCACGCACCCCGUUUUCUUCCACUUUAUCUAACAUAGAUAUGUUUUCUCCAAGAAUCUAGUCUUUUUUUUUUUUUUUUCUGUCCGUCACGUCUUCUCUGCCUCUUCUUUGCUUUUCCCUGAUCAGGAGUCGACAAGUUGGGCGGGGCAGACGGCGUUUGUAUUCCUCACCCAUUAACCCACACUCCUCGUGUAAAAACAAAACAAAACAAUUAAUUUUCUUAAUUGCUGUUCAGUGUUGGUUAUUAUUUUAGGUUUCAAAGGUCCAAUACUCUGACAUGGUAGAGUUGUGAAGUUUAUUUUGUACCAAAUAUAGAUAUAUUAUAUAUAUAUAAAGGCUAUAGAUGAGCUCACUGGCUUGGAGCGGGGGAAAGUGUAUGUCAUGUGAUUGCGUGCAUGUUUGUACAGACGGGAGACGUGGUUUUUACCGUGCUUUACUUUCUGGCCUGGCAUUUUUAGUUUUGUUAUGAAAAGCUAAUGUGUUGCCUCGUGGUCCGCUCACUGGACCGGAGAAUGAUUUUAGGCCCCAUCUGCCUUCCAGUGCCCCCGGUCUCCCUCGAAACCCCUCGUCUAUCACGUCUCCGAAUACUGACGGACAGAAUUGUACUCUGGUUUUAUUUGGUCAGUGAUUUAUUUUUCUUUUUGUACUGUGCAUUAAAACAAUGUAAAUGGUUCAACUUGUCUUGUACAUAAAAACAAGUACUGUAGUCUGUUUGUUCGAUGGCUCUUUUCUUUUCCUUCUCGGAUCCCUGCAGACUUGUUAGCUUUUUCAUAUUUUUUAUUUUGUAAAAAUAUAUAAAUAUUAAAUAAACCAGAUGAAGAUAUUUUCAUCAUUUUGGAUGUGAAUGUCUAAAAAUGUUUCUUUUGGCUCAUCAAGUAAACGUGUAUAUAUUAGAUCACAUGUUUGUGUGCAUUUUGUUGAUUUGGAAUGGGAUUUUUG